UCGCUUUUCCGGGUUUUUGGCGGGAACACAAUGUUGCAACGCUAUCGAGGUCUAAAAACCCUUCGCUUAUCCCCCUUACGUAAACCCUAGAAAUUCAUAACCUCCGAUCAUCACCCAAAAUUACAAUGUCAGAAUACGUCGCUUUCGAAAUCCAAGCGGAAAUCAUGAAAAGACUUCCGGUGAAGUCAUUGGUUCGAUUCAGAUCCGUAUCAAAACCAUGGAAGUCUUUGAUCGACAGCUCAGAGUUUAUCUCUGGUUACAGAGUCCACCAACCUGAUCCACAACAUCUACUUGUAUGGUACAAAGAUCCAGUAGACACAAACGAAAAGUAUGUUACCUUUGUCGAUGAUGAGGCCUUUGCCCAACAAGAGCUCGCUCCCGCUGUUCCUGUGCUCUCAAAAUUCUUAAACGAUUUAAAAACGGUGGGUAGCUCUCAGGGAUUGCUGUGUUUCUACGGUUAUUAUCAAGAUCCAAGUCAUCCUCGUUUUGAAUUUGCAACAGAAAUGGCUGUUCUUUGGAAUCCCUCCAUUAGAAAAUCAAUCUGUGUAACUGUUCCAGGUGAGUCACUUUGGUCAAAAUUUGUUCUUGGGUUUGGGGUUUGUCCUAUCACUAACGACCCUACCAUUGUCAAGAUUACAAAUGUUGAUGCGUAUUCUACAACUGAUGAUGAUAGUUCUCCCAUGGUUGAAGUUUUUACAUUGAGUAGAGGUAGUUGGAGAAUUCCAUCUAACAAUCUGCCUAAGAAAUCAAUUCAAGUUACAUGGUCUCAAGUAGUUAUAGAUAAUUUUAUCUAUUGGGCUGCUUUUGAUCAGUAUCUUGAUGAUGAUGAUGAUGGCCAGAUACAAAAAAAUCUGAUUGUUUCAUUUGAUAUGACUACCCAUGAAUUUAAAGUGAUAAAUCUACCAAAAAGUUUAGCAUACCAUGGUUUUGUACGUGUUGCACAAUCUGUCUCUAAGGUACGUGACUCUCUUGCUGUGCUUGAAUACAUUACAUACACUGAUUCACAAUCAGAAAGUGAACUCCAAGUUUGUGAUGUAUGGAUUAUGGAUCAUUCUAUUCCUCAUAUGUUUACAAAGUUGUUCACCAUUGAGAAAGAAUGUGAUUCAAUAAAGAUUCUGGGAUUUACAAAGAGGGGUGAAGCUAUGAUGGAAACACAAGAUGUUUAUGAAGAACCAGCCUCACUUGUUGUCUAUGAACCCAACUCAAAAUACUUCAAUGAUACAGGGAUUAAUGGAGAACGUGGUGCAUUAUUUGUUAGCUUGUAUAUGGAAACACUACUUCUGCUUGAUCAGUCAGAUUGUAGUGUCUUGUAGUAAUAUGGAUUCCUCAUGUUAGUGUUGAUACAUUGCAUUUUUCAUUA